AUGGCACAAGUUGACUCCCUGGACCUUGUGGUCCUUGCCGUGCUGCUCGUGGGCAGUGUAGCUUAUUUUACAAAAGGGACAUACUGGGCAGUCCCCAAAUCUCCUGCCGUGACUACCUUCGGCGCUACGAACGGAAUGCCAAAAGAGGGCAAGACGCGAAACAUCAUAGAGAAGAUGAACGAGACUGGAAAAAACUGUGUUGUAUUCUUUGGAUCUCAAACGGGGACAGCGGAAGAUUAUGCAUCGAGGCUUGCAAAGGAAGGAAGUCAGCGGUUUGGUUUAAAGACAAUGGUUGCCGAUCUGGAGGACUAUGAUUUUGAAAACCUGGACCAGUUUCCCGAAGAUAAAGUUGCUAUCUUCGUUCUAGCUACGUACGGUGAGGGAGAACCUACAGAUAAUGCAGUAGACUUUUACCAGUUCAUGACUGGAGAAGAUGUUUCGUUUGAAGGGGGAGCUAGCGCUGAAGAGAAACCACUCUCCACUUUGAAGUACAUUGCAUUCGGCUUGGGAAAUAAUACUUACGAACAUUACAAUGCCAUGGUACGGCAAGUCGAUAUUGCAUUGACUAAGCUAGGCGCGAAGAGAAUUGGUACCGCUGGCGAGGGAGAUGAUGGUGCGGGCACUAUGGAAGAAGACUACCUUGCCUGGAAAGAGCCCAUGUGGGUGGCUUUGGCUGAAGAGAUGGGUCUGGAGGAGCGGGAAGCUGUAUACGAACCGACGUUUUCCAUCACGGAAGAACCAGCCUUGUCGCCAGAGUCAGAAACCGUUUACGUCGGCGAACCCAACCAGAACCACCUCGACGGGAAAACUUCCGGCUCUCACAAUGCCCAUAACCCUUUCAUCGCACCUAUUGUUGAGUCUAGAGAACUAUUCACGGUCAAAGAUAGGAACUGCCUGCAUAUGGAAAUCGGAAUUUCAGGAAGCACCUUGAAUUACCAAACCGGCGACCAUCUUGCGGUCUGGCCUACCAACUCUGGCAAGGAAGUCGACCGUUUCUUACGAGUGUUCGGCUUAGAGGAAAAACGUGACACUGUUGUCAAAAUCAAGCCUAUUGAUGUGACCGCGAAGGUACCGUUCCCAACGCCUACUACCUACGACUCAGCUGCUAGGUACUAUAUGGAAAUCUGUGGUCCUGUUUCUCGACAAUUUAUUGCGACCCUGGCUCAGUUCGCUCCCGACGAAGACACCAAAAUGAAGAUGAAGCGUCUUGGUGACGAUAAAGAUCAAUUUCACAGCAAGAUCUCUACCCAAUUCUUCAACAUCGCGCAAGCUCUCCAGAGCCUGACCUCGGAGCCGUUCACAGCCGUUCCUUUCUCGCUGCUUAUCGAAGGUAUCUCUAAGCUUCAGCCACGGUACUAUUCCAUCUCGUCAUCGUCGGUGGUUCAGAAGGAAAAGAUUAGCAUUACGGCUGUCGUUGAGUCCAUUCGUAUACCAGGGGCUGGCCACAUCAUGAAAGGUGUCACCACCAACUACUUGUUUGCCUUAAAACAAAAGCAACACGGCGACCCCAAACCGGACCCCCAUGGCUUGACGUAUGCGAUCACUGGCCCAAGAAACAAAUACGACGGCAUUCAUGUCCCGGUGCACGUUCGGCACUCCAACUUCAAGCUGCCAUCCGAUCCAGCCAAACCGAUUAUCAUGGUAGGCCCUGGUACUGGCGUUGCACCAUUCCGUGGCUUCGUCCAGGAACGCGCUGCGUUGGCCGAGCGAGGAGAAAAAGUGGGCCCGACGGUUCUUUUCUUCGGCUGCCGAAAGCGGAGCGAAGAUUUCUUGUACGAGAAGGAGUGGGAGGCCGUCUCAGAAAAGCUCGGCGAUAACUUCAAGUUCUUCACGGCGUUUUCUCGAGAAACUGACAAGAAGGUGUACGUGCAGCACCGACUCCGAGAAAACGCCGCCUUGGUCGAUCAGCUGCUCAGGGACAAAGCCACUUUUUAUGUCUGUGGUGAUGCUGCCAACAUGGCUCGUGACGUGAACAAUAUUCUUGGCCAGAUCAUCGCCGAGCAGCGUGGACUUCCGGUGGAGAAGGGUGAAGAGCUGGUUAAGAACAUGCGGAACAAGGGGUUGUACCAAGAAGACGUCUGGUCGUAA